CAUUUGUUUUGGCAGACCAGCAGUCCAAAGAGUUAAUGGGGAGUGUUUGUAGCAAGUCUCUGUCACCAAGGAGAAGGGAACAGCACUUAGGGAAGGAAACAAAACACUAGGCUCUCCAGGAGGGGUGAUUUCCCUUUUGAAUCAUAGCGGGCUCCAGCAACCACGCCUGGGGAGUGGGGAAAGAGAGGGGCUGCUGAAACCUCCCUGGGGCUGGGGGUGAGGAAGCAGUGGCAGCUCUUAGUAGAGUGAAAGAAGUCCCCAACUCCUUGUUAAAGCAAGAGGCAGGGUGUUGUGUGGGGGGAGAGCUCAGCUCCCAGGAAAGGAGUGCGUGUCCUGGAGCAAAGUGGACCCACUGCAGGCAGGACCCAGGGGUCUGGGGCAGGAAGUACGCUGUGUCUGGAGUAAGGACAGCACCAUCUAUCAGAGGAAACAAGACACCCUCAGGGAUCUGGGCUCAGAGGAGCAGAGUGGCCGGCUGCAUGUGGGAUGGAUGGAGGAACUUGUCUGCCUAGAGGAAUUUGCUUUGUGGCUUUGAUCGCAAUGAGUAAGAGACUGAGAGAAGCUUUGCUGCUGCUGUCGCCUGUGAUCCUGUAAGAACAGGAACAAGGAAAAAUAUUGCAGCUGUCUGAACAUAAUUCUGGAGUGUUCUUUUCACAUUGGGAGAGCGAUGGAGAUGCAGGGAGCAGGGGUAGGCUUAUGAGAAGCAGCCCUGGAGACAGCAAGGUGGAAGUUAACCAUAUUUGGCCCCCUCUCAUGGCAAGAUGUCUGGGGUCCAGGGGGCCACAGUCCGCAGCAUUCGCCCUUACAAAUCCAGUGAGCAGUAUCUCUAUGCCAUGAAGGAGGACCUGGCUGAGUGGCUCAAGGAGCUCUACAGCUUGGACAUUGAUGUUGGCUCCUUCCUGGAGGUGCUGGAGACCGGUACUGUGCUGUGCUUUCAUGCCAACAAUGUCACCCAGGUGGCCAGGGAGUUUCACCAGGAUUACCCAGGCCUGGCUCACAAGCUCCAGCUGCCCAGAUCUGAGGUUACCUGCAAUGAGUCUGCCCAGCCAGGCACGUUCCUGGCCAGGGACAAUGUGUCCAACUUCAUCCAGUGGUGCAGGAAGGAGAUGGAUAUUAAAGAGGUCCUGAUGUUUGAGACUGAGGACCUGGUGCUGAGGAAGAAUGAGAAGAAUUUUGUGCUGUGCCUGCUUGAGGUGGCCCGCCGGGCUUCUCGCUUUGGAAUGAGUGCUCCCACCUUGAUCCAGAUGGAGGAAGAGAUUGAGGAGGAGAUCCGUGAGGAGAUGGACCUGACCCCAGAGGACACUCCACUUCUCAAACCCCAGAGGAAACCCUGUGACUUCAAGAACCUGGACCAGAUGGUCCAGCACCUUGUGAGCCGAUGCACCUGCCCAGUCCAAUUCUCUAUGAUCAAGGUGUCAGAAGGGAAGUACCGAGUGGGAGAUUCAAACACCCUCAUUUUUGUCAGACAGGAAUCAGAUAACGCUGGUGAUGGCCUCAAGGCUGAUGGUCCUCCACUGCUUCCUGUUCAUCCGAAUAUCCUACGGAAUCAUGUGAUGGUGCGGGUUGGAGGGGGCUGGGACACACUGGAACAUUACUUGGAUAAGCAUGAUCCUUGUCGAUGCACCUCUUUGUCUCACAAGCAGGCUUUAAAGAUGGCGAGUCCUCAGAGGCUACAGGCAAUGCAAGUGCAACAUGAGAUCAAGGUCUGUCUGGCAUCCAAGACUGAUCACUCAAACAAGCCUCAGCCAACCCUGAUUGUCAGCAGAUCCCAAAGCCCGUUACCCCCAGUGGAGUGGAGGACUUACACACCAUACAGCCUUGGCACCAGCAAGAAGCUUUGUUCAUCCUCAUCGCCAGAUAGUGCCAGCAAGAAGACUUCAGGACUCGGGACCCCUCAGGAGCAAUCAGAAGCCAGGAGAGCCUUCUCUGCCAGGACAAGGGAGCGGUCUGCUACACCUUCCCGGAAGCAGCUGCUUGCUGAGGAAAGGCCUCCUUCCCGACAGAGCUCUUCUACUCAGUAUGGGAGGGAUGCACUUCAUGUUUCCAUGCCCUCCCAGACAUCCCAACCAACCAGACAUGAGCAGGACAGUUCUGGUGUCUCAGAAACUAUUGCAGAGCCGCAGAGAGGAAGGCUGUCUGGAAGAACUACUGGGGUGCAUCGAAAAGAACCAGAGAGCCUGGCACAAGCCCGAUAUACAGAAUCCAAGACCCAGAUGACAGUACUCAAGGACAGCUCAGCUCAGUCUUCAAAAAGUGGCCUGCAUGGAGGGAAAUAUAUCCCACAGGGUCACAAGCCACAGGAACAAGGGGUCAAGAACUUCCCUGGUACAGUCCGUUCUUCCAGCCCAGUCAAGGCCCUUCAUCCCUUCCUGCAACAGGAUGCCAAGAAAGCUACACAGAGUCUUAAAGGACAAUUGGAAGGAAGUGCUACACAUGGUCAAAGGGACCCUGGGGCUGUGAGGUCAUCUUCUCCCAUUAAACACAUGAGCUAUAUGCAAAAAAUGGAGGGUGGAACAAAGAUCCCGGUGAAAGCUGGCUCUCCCUUCAGUAGGCCCCCUACACCUAAUAAAAGCUACCAGGGGGAGCCCCAUCUCAGCAAUGAAUGCAAAGCCCCAGCCAGUGUCACAGCAAAAGCUCCUGCUCCGUACAAGUGCAGGGCGGUGUUCAAAGCUGAGGAUAGCUGCCAGGGUCACAGGCACUGCUGUAGGGUAGUCAAACCAGAGAUGUCAUCUACUAGCCUUUCCACUAGCCCAGGGGACAGAGCCAGUCAGUCAGACACAGAGGGGAAAGACAAGCCUCCAUGUGCCAAAUCAAUGCAAGAGGAAGUGGCAGGAAACACUAAAAACAGUAGUGGAAGCGGGGGAGUUUCAGUGGGCCACCCAGGGGAGAGGGAGCGCGUGUAUACACCUCUGCCCAUCAAUUUGGCCCAGGAGCAGGCACUCUACAGGAGCUUAGAGGAUGAGAUCUUAGCCAACAUAAAGGAGCUAGAGGCCGUUCCUGCUGAAAAACACCAUCCAGAGAGGAGCCGGCUAGAUGAGGCUCCACCAGACUGCAGCCUAGCAAGUGACACUGCUGUCUGUGACCUCAGACACUGGAAGUCUGCCACACCUUUUCUCUGUCCCCUUGCCAGCUCUAGGCACGCAUAUUCCUGUAGUGAGGGUGUGCCUCGUAGUGGUGUCUAUGUGCCAAGCAGAGAGGCAAAAUGGCACCCUGCUGUGUUGCACUAUGAUGAUGUGAUUGAUGAACUCUCCAAGGGCCACAAGACACUUCACCAAGUGGAUGUGGAGAAUGGGAUUGCUGCAAUGCCACUAAAGCAGGCUGGGGAAGAUUCUCCUCAGCCAACCUCACUCCUGAUGGAUGAAAACCAAGAAAAAAAGCCUCGAGGGUCUGAAGGGACUCGCCUUAAGAAGGAUGCAUCCAGUGGAAUCAGAGACAGUGGGUCAAGGAAACAGCCAACAAGAUGUUCAGCAUCUGCAGAUGUCCACAGAAACGGUACAGCCCCACAGGCAACAUCCAAUGAAAGCCCUACAGGUAGCCCUGAAAAGUCCAAACUGCCUCAAGUGAAGCCCAAGAGGGCACUGAAAAAGCCUGAACGAGUGCCAUCCAUCUAUAAGCUCAAGCUGAGACCCAAAAUCCGCCCCCGCAGGGACAACAGACCUGAGAAGCAGCCAUCCAAAAUCCCCACUCCGGUGGCACAUCGACAGGCACAAAAGGCAGUCAGAGCUAAAGACCAGGAGAAGGCUCACAGCUCAAAACACCAGAGUCGGACAAGUCAGAGAAGCCUGGCUGGCACCCGGAAAGACAGUACAGAAAAUGCUGGGUCUGAGGAGGAAGCCUGGCUUUCAGAACAGAGUGGCUCCCCCCAGGCUGGGAAUUCGGGGAUAAAGUCAUCCCUGAGUGAAGGCAAAAUGUGGCUCACAGAGGAAGAUGAAGAAGCCUGGGUCUGAUAUCUUUAUAAUAUGUUUUUGGGGGUCAAUUUUAGCCCUCAGUUGUCAGGAGAAAAAAAUAUAGCAUUCAAAACCCUCCUGUGGGCCAAAUUUCUUCUUUCCCUUACUCCCAUACAGCCCCUUGGGAGGCAAUCACUUGGGAGAUGGAAGGAGAAACAAAUGACAACGGGGUUGAAGCUGUCAGUGAACUGAAGUCCACCCAUGUUUUCGGCCCAGGGGCUCAGAAAAGUGGCCUUUUCACUUGGUCUGGUGUUUAUUUUGAGAUGAGAGAGAGUCCAAGGCCAGGUACAAUUCUAGUUUGAACACGCACCAGCAAUUGGAGGCAGAACAUUAAGGACUAAAAUUUUGGAGGCUAUUUCAGAAGACUUUGUACCAAAUCUGUAACUAAGAACUGAACUCGCAUCCUGAGUGUGAGAACUCGCAUCCUGAGAAAAGACGUAUGAUUGUGACAUCAUGGAAGCCCCAUUUUGGAGGAAAUCUAUCAACAUGUGUAAAUAUGUUUAGUGCAAGAGUAUUAGCAGUGGAGACAGAUGCAAAUAAAAUGUACAAUCAUUGGCCCUUCUGGCCUUGUGUGAUAUACCUAGCCCAUUUCAGUAUUUUUAGUUGAACAGACAUGUCCCUGUCAGGUAAAUUAGUGUGUUUGUAGCUGUACCUGUGUAAUUAAGAGGAAAAUUGGGCCUUGAUAUUGCAUAUACAGAGAAUCAGGCACUUUAGACCCUUUAGAAAAGAUAGAGGUAACUAGAACAGGGCUUUAAAAGUGAAGACUCUUGAGUUCCUAAAAUUAUGCUUCUUUCUGUUUUAGAUUCUCCAUCUGUCGAAUAAGGAUAAAACUGACCUCGCAGGGCAUUGAAAGGCCUAAUACAUGUUUAUUAAGCACUUUGAGAUUCUCAGAGUAACUGCAGAAAAGAAAGACAAAGCAUUAUUUUUAUUGUUAUUGUCCUGGAGCCAGAGCUGGAGUUCUCAUGGAUACCAAUGAAAAUUGAUGUUGUAUAUUUGAGGAAUAUAUGGUUUUGCUUUGCAAUAGUCCCCAUGAGUUUGGAACAACCCGAUUUUUGAAGCAAUGGGCUAUAUAUCACCCUCAUUAUGUUGAUAUGUUUUUUAUUGAAUGCAAAAGUUGUUCUCUGCAAACUUCAGGAGUUAAAAGUACCUGUGUAUGAACUCUGACAAUGUUCCUAAUCAGGCCAUUUUACAAAGUAUAGGGCCAAAUACAAGUGUUCUUUAAGCUUAUCAUUAUUGCAAUUAAACCAAGAGUCAUAGAUGCAUUUGAAGUAGGAAGCUACUUGAAAUGACAAGAGCUGAAACAUCAUGGGUUCAGUUGGCCAGCAGGUACCAUGGCCAAAGAUGCCCUGUGAUAUCAAGAAAGAGCAGUCUAGGAACCAUACCUAGGAUCCUUUCAGUUCUUGGUUGUACAGUUUGACAUUGGUGAAUGUUCUGUGUGAAUUACUUUUGGAUUGUCUUUAGUAGUAUAAAGCUUGGAAAUUUGUAUUUGAGGGAAUCGUUAAUAAUGAUGCUGGUUACAGUUAUGCACUAACCCUUUGAUCACUGUGUAACUCAGUGUUUGUGCAACAGAACCAUUUAAAAAACUCUUCUGGUGUUUAAGUAUAUCUUUUUCAGUGAAGAUACUCUGAAAAUAAUCUAUAAAAAAAAAGAUCCAAAAACUCAUAACCCUUAACUAUGUUAGCUAAUUAAGAUACUUGUUAUAAAUUACUCCACAAGAAAAUCUUUCCAAGCAGCGAGAA